UCGUCUCGGUGGCCAUUUUGCCCAAGCGCUCUUUAGCGGCUAAGUUGCGUCAGUUUCGCCGGGGUCUGAGCCUGUGGGAGCCCCCUCAUUUGUACGACUCAUUGAUAAUUGAGUACCUGGGCUGCGCCUCUUUGCGUACGACCCGGCGGAUUCUGCACGGUCUAUCCACUCCCGGUUUUCACCGGUUCAUGGAUAUUCAUGAGGCGCUUUGGGGGCGUGGACCUGGGCGGAGCUAGGGGCGGGGCCCCGCCACAGCUCGUACUGGCUUGGUCCCGCGGUGACGGCGGCGGCGGCGGUAGCGGCGGCGGAGACUGGCAUCGGGGUGUCGAGCCCGAGCAGAGCGGAGCCGGAUCCUGGGGGAGCGCGUCCGCCGCAUGUGAUGGAAGUAUCUGCUCUCAGGGAAGGCACAGCCAUGGCUUCCCUACCGCCCCGGGAGCCAGAGGAGGAGCUGGUAUCUGCUGGCUCUGAGCCAGGUGACGCUCGGGCCAAACCCCCUGUCAAGCCCAAACCCCGAGCCCUGCCCGCCAAGCCAGCCCUGCCUGCCAAGCCCAGCCUGCUGGUGCCUGUUGGGCCUCGGCCUCCCCGGGGUCCUCUGGCCGAGCUGCCUUCUGCCCGGAAGAUGAACAUGCUGGCGGGACCCCAGCCCUAUGGUGGCAGCAAGCGUCCCCUUCCGUUUGCACCAAGGCCUAUGGCUGAGGCCCCUAUUGGAGGAGAAGCCACCCGAGAGACUGUGAAAGAGGAGCCUGGGAAGGAAGAGGUAGCCCCCUUGACACCUCCAGCUCGAUGUGCCGCCCCGACGGGUGUGCGGAAGGCGCCCGCCCCCUUCCGUCCAGCCUCGGAGCGCUUUGCAGCCACCACAGUGGAAGAGAUCCUGGCCAAGAUGGAACAGCCGAGGAAGGAGGUCCCGGCCAGCCCUGACCGCCUCUGGGGCUCCCGCCUCACCUUUAACCAUGAUGGCAGCUCAAGAUAUGGCCCCAGGACCUACGGUGUGGCCACAGGUCCCAGGGAUGAGGAUGGUGGGACCCUCUCCAGGGAAUGGGCCCAAGAGGGGCCGGCAAAGUCUCCCACAGAGUGCCAUGAAGAGCCCAGCAAGACCCCUGAGGAGAGGAACCCCCUUUCGGACCUGGCCUUCAACGGGGACCUGGCUCAGCUGGCCAGCUCUGAGCCACCUACUGACGUUUCCAAGCCCCGGGUCCCCUCCAGUCCAGGCUUCACCUUGGAGAAUGGAGGCUCCGCCAGCCCAGGCCUCCCCGUUGAAGCCUCGGGCUCAGCCCCCGAGUCUCCCCGUCUUUCCUCACCUGAUGAGAGCUCUCCCCGCCCCUCACAGCUUCCAGAAGCCCAGAGCCCUGCAGCUUCCGGCACUUCUCCCCGCCUCCCCAAGACUCCAGCAUCCCCAGCUGUGGCCCCUGCUGAUGAAGGCUCCUGCCACCCCCCUAGUCCAGGGCUCCCCUCUCUGGGAGCCCCUGAGGCCCCCAGACCCGGCAGCCCUCCCCUCCAGGCGCUCUCGGGGCGCCGCAGCCCGGAGCAGCCCCCAGCCACCUUGCCCCAGCCCCUGACGGAGGGGGGUGAGUUGCUAGACCUCCCUUGGACGUUGCCAUCUGGGGAGGUGGCGGCCACAGGGGUUGAGGACUUCCAUCCCGUCAGCCUGGCUCAGCGCCGAUUUUCUGAAGGUGUGCUCCAGCCGCCCGGCCAAGACCAGGAGAAGCUGGGGGGCUCGCUGGCUGCCCUGCCCCAAACCCAGGGGAGCCAGUUGGCCCUGGAUCAUCCCUUUGGGAGUGGGACACAGUCCAGCUGGAGCUUGUCACAGUCCUUUGAAUGGACCUUCCCCACGCGGCCUUCAGGUCUAGGGGUGUGGCGGCUGGACUCCCCGCCCCCCUCCCCCAUCACUGAAGCCACUGAGGCCGCGGAGGCUGCAGAGGCUGGAGACUGGGCUGCAUCCAGCAGGGAGGAAGGAGUGUCCCAGCAGGCGCGAGGGGCCCCGCCAGCUCCAGAGGGCCCAGGAAGGCCUGGUUCCUGGGUGCAGGCGGAUGAUCCGGGCACCUCCCCAACCCAAAAGGGCGAUGGGGAGAGCCAUCCUCAGCCCCCAGCUGCCCCCCUCGAGCCCCUGCCAGCAGCAGGGGACCCGCCUGGACCAGUCUUGCUGCAGGCAGAGGAGAGGUACGAGGAACGGGAGCCCCUGCCUGGGCAGGGAUCCCUGCUUCCUCUGCCUACCAGGGAGGCCGCCCUGCCCAUUCUGGAGCCGGUCCUGGGGCAGCAGCAGCCAGCACCCCCUGACCAGCCCUGUGUCCUCUUUGCCGCCAUCCGCGACCCCGGGCAGGCACUGCCUGCCAAGGAGGAGGCCGUGACCCUGGCCCAGGCUGAGACCACCCAACCCAGGACAGAGGUUCAAGACCCAUGUAGGGCGUCCCCCGAGCCUGCAGGCCCUGAGAGCAGCUCCCACUGGCUGGAUGACCUCCUGGCUUCACCACCACCCAGUGCUGGAGGUGCAAGGCGGGGAGCUGGAUCUGAGCUCAAGGACACACAGACCCCAAGUGCCUGCUCUGAGGGACUCCUUGGCUGGGCCCAGAAAGAUCUGCAGAGUGAAUUUGGGAUUGUAGCAGACACACAUCCCAGCAGUUUUAGUCCUUCCAGCUGGUCCCAAGACACUUCUCAGGACUAUGGCCUUGGGAGUGCGAGCCCUAGAGGGGACCCAGGCCUUGGAGAGAGGGACUGGACCAACAAGUGUGGGCACGGAGUGGGGGAGGGGAGCCCCAGGGAGUGGGCCAGCAGGUGUGGCAUCGGCCAGGAGGGGAUGGAGGUCGGCAGCCAGGAUGGGAGUGGAGUGUCGGCCCCUGGGGGGCUCGCGGCCCAGGACCGGGUGAUUGGAAAGCCAACCCAGCUUGGCACUCCGCAGAGCCAAGAGGUGGAUGUUCAGGACUGGGAGUUCAGAAAGAGGGAUUCCCAGGGCUCUUACUCCAGCCAGGAUGUAGAAAUCCAGGACCAGGAAUUUGGGAAGAGAGAUUCUCUGGGUACUUACAGCAGCCAGGACGCAGAUGGGCAGGACCAGGAGUUCGGGAAGAGCGCGGCUGCAGGGAAGACAGCAGGCAGGGAGGUGGAUGUUCAGGACUGGGAGUUCAGAAAGAGGGAUUCCCAGGGCUCUUACUCCAGCCAGGAUGUAGAAAUCCAGGACCAGGAAUUUGGGAAGAGAGAUUCUCUGGGUACUUACAGCAGCCAGGACGCAGAUGGGCAGGACCAGGAGUUCGGGAAGAGCGCGUGGAUGAGAGACUACAGCCGCGGUGGCAGCUCCACGGCCCUCGGCUCCCAGGACAGAGGCUUCGGAAUGAGAGCCCUGAGUGCCGGGUUCAGCCCCGAGGAAGCCCAGCAACAGGACGAGGAGUUUGAGAAGAAGAUUCUGAGUGGCAGAGAGAGCCUGGGUGAGGCCGGCAGGGAUGUAAGCUGGCCUGAAGAGACCGAGUCUGGGGGCUUCUUCAGCCCCAGCAGCCCCCAGUCACAGGAUGGGGCACCGGGACAGAGAGACCCGCGCAGCUGGCAAGGCAGGGGUGCCAGCCAGGAGGCUGGAGGGCUGCAGGGAAGACAGCAGGCAGGGGCCCCGAGCCCCAGUGACGCCGACCAGGAAGACAGGGAGGUGGGGCAGCGAGGCUGGGCCGGUGACUUCAGCCUCGGCGUCGUCCCCCAGCCGGAGGUGGCCUUCCGCCCAGGACAGCGGGACUGGAGCGGCGACUUCUGCGUGGAGGCUGCCGAGAGGAGCCAUCAGUUUGGCAUCAUUGGCUACGACAGAGCGAGCGGCGCUGGCCUGAGCCCUUCUGGCAAGAUAGGAGGCGGCCACUUUGUGCCUCCCGGGGAGACCUUGGCCGGGACCGUGGACUGGAGGGACCAGCUGGGCCUUAGGAACUUGGAAGUGUCCAGCUGUGUGCGUUCUGGGGGCUUGAGUGAAGCCAGGGAGGGUGCCAUGGGCCAGGUGGGCUGGGCAGACGACCUGGGCUUGAGAGACGUGGAGCUGGCCGGCCGUCUGGAGACUGGAGGGUCUGUGGAGCCCAGGGGGAUUGGAGUCGGGGAGAAGGACUGGACUUCUGAGGUCGGGUUGAGGGGCAGAGAUUUGGCGGCAGCGGGGGAGGUAGGAGACCACAGCCAGGCCAGAGAGAGUGGCGUGGGGCAGACCGACUGGUCAGGUGUGGAGGCAGGAGAGUUCCUUAAAUCAAGGGAGCGCGGAGUGGGUCAGGCAGACUGGACACCUGACCCAGGGCUGAGAAACAGGGAGCUCGGGGCGGGCCAAGUGGACUGGGGCGACAAUCUGGGCCUGAGGAGUUUGGAGAUGCCCUGCGACCUGGAGUCUGAGAGUUCCCGGGGGCCACGGGGAUGUGGAGUGGGGCAGAUGGACUGGACCCAGGACUCGGGUCUCCGGAACGUGGAGCUCUUGGGGGCCCUGAGUGAAGCCAGGGAGCACGGGGUAGGGGAGGUCAGCCAGUCCCCUGAACCAGGCCUGAGGAACGACGGCCUCUUGUCCUCUGGCCUGGAGGCCGGAGACCCCUCGGAGGCCAGGGAGCUGGGAGUUGGCAAGACAAGUGGGCCAGAGACCCAGGGCGGAGACGAUCCCCUGCCUUCCGUGGCCAUCUGCCCCGAGGAACCUGGAUCAGAGGCAGGGGAAUCCCCCGGCUUUGGAGCCAGCCCUGGCGGAUGCCUGGCCCGCUCCCCGCCCUCCGGCUCCCAGGGCCCGCUGGAGGAGAUGCUGGCUGCCAGCUGCUCCAAGGCAGCGGCCCGGAGGGAGCCGGCAGCCUCGGGCCUCAGGGAGCUGUCCGAGGAGGAAGGGGCCACAGCAGGCGCUGACCAAGGGGAGCCCCUGGAGCCUGGCCGGGACCGUCUGCCCUCCUGGAGGCCCCAGCCUGAUGGUGAAGCCAGCCAGGCAGAAGAGGUGGACGGCCCCUGGGGCCCUGCAGGGCCCGGGCAGAGCCAGCAGGGCCGGACGCCGACCCCCCAGUGGCCCCCCCAGGGCCCUCCCGCCAGCGCCACCAGUCAGGAUUUCUCCUUCAUCGAGGACACCGAGAUCCUUGACAGUGCCAUGUAUCGGAGCCGUGCCAAGCUGGGGCGCAAGCGUGGCCACCGGGCCCCGGCCAUCCGGCCUGGGGGGACGCUGGGCCUGUCGAAGGCGGCAGAGUCAGACGCAAGGCUGUUCCAGGACUCUACAGAGCCGCGGGCUUCGCGGGUACCGUCUUCAGACGAGGAGGUGGUGGAGGAGCCUCAGAACCGCCGGACACGGGGGACCAAGGGGCUGAAAGUCAACCUCUUUCCUGGCCUGAGCCCAUCAGCCCUGAAGGCCAAGCUGCGCUCCCGGAACCGCUCGGCUGAUGAGGGGGAGCCGACAGAGAGCAAGUCAAGUCAGAAGGAGCCCGUGAUCCAUCGCUCCAAGUCCUGCAAGGUCCCGGGGCUGGGGAAGCCCCUCGCGUUACCUCCCAAGCCAGAGAAAUCCUCAGGGUCAGAAGGAUCAUCGCCCAACUGGCUGCAAGCCCUGAAGUUGAAGAAGAAGAAGGUCUGAGAAGUCACUGAGGUCCUUCCCAUCUGGCAGUCUCAGGCAGUGCCCGUCCCUGUGGGGUCCCCGGCAAGGAGACUGCUGAGCCCCCCACGCCCAGGCUGCAGCCUCUGCGCCCUCCACCCCGGGGGCCGUCUGGGGAGGCACAGUUACGCACUUUGUAUCACCGUCCCAAGUCCCCUGACACCUCCCUCCCAACCAGCUGUUAGCGGUCGAAGGUUUAGGUCCCUCCCUCCUAAGCUGUCUUCCCGCCUCCCUCUCUGCUUCCUCCUCCAGCCUCCCCUGGGUUUUCUUUUGAUACCAGUUUAUAGCAUUUUUUAUAAAAGCCUUUGAUUUUUGUAACGGGCGGAGCCCAGCCCCACCCCCGGUCUCCCUCCGCCCCGCCAGGUGCCCCACAGAAACUGAUACCAUUUUGCCACUUGAAACAAUAAAGUUUUUUGGGAAUUGGUGCUGCCCAGGUUGUGGUGCGUGGUCACGGGGCCGCAUCCCCUGUCCGAGGCUGUACCUGGGGAAAUGCUGGUUCUAGCCCUGGCCGACCGGGAGCUUGCUCUGACCUGGAACCCGUCACUUCCCUGGCACUCGCUGGGCACCCACUGAGGAGGGUGCAUUGGUUACAGUAGGCUGAUUGCUGAUUCACACCAGCCCCAGAUCUCCGUAGCUUAACACACAAAGGUUUAUUUUCCAUUCAUGGCCCCGUCUGGGGUGGAUUAGUGGUGGGGGCACUCUGUACCUCACAGUCAUUCAGAACCCAGGCUCCUUCCCUGUUGUGGCUCAGCCAUCUGCAGGGGCCCUGGGGUCUCUGCAGCAUCCAGCGGAGAGAGGGCAGGAUCUUAUGGGAGACCCGUAGUCCACUGGCCGGAAUUCAACUCAUGCCCCCUGCUAACCGCAAGGGAAACCGAGAAAUGUAGUUUAGAUGUGUGGCCGGAGAGAGAGAGAGAGGACCAGAUAUUGGUAAAAAUUCACCAUUUCUUACAGCAGGGUGGGGGGGCGUUGUGUUGGUUUCUGUGAUCCCUAAGGGCCCUUUGAACCCAUGCGGUCUCGAAUGUCCCCCGAGCCCUGGCCUUUCUCACCUAAACCCCUGACCACUGGCAUCCCACUGUCCCUCAGCCUAGUCCUCUGUCAUCCUGGGUUCCCCAGACUU